AUGGACGUUGUCUCUAAGAUCUACACUCAUGAAAUGGUUGUGUCUUUAUCGCAGCCCUUGCGUUUCUUCUCAAGUUACCAAAAGGAGAAAGAAAAGCCAACCCAGGAUGUGAAGGCGGGCACCCAGCCACACUCUGUGACCAAGUCAGAGGUCCCAGACCAUGUUCUUUACACAAUAGGGACGUGCGUUCUUGUGAUCGGCUCCAUCGGCAUCAUAGGAAACCUCCUAGUUCUCUACGCUUUCUACAGCAACAAGAAGUUGAGGACACCCCAGAACUUCUUUAUAAUGAACUUGGCUGUGAGCGACUUCUUGAUGUCAGCUUCUCAGGCCCCCGUAUGCUUUAUCAACAGCUUGCACAGAGAGUGGAUCCUCGGAGAUAUAGGUUGUGACUUGUACGCUUUCUGUGGGGCGCUCUUUGGAAUAACCUCGAUGAUGACUCUGCUAGCUAUUUCUGUUGACCGCUACUUGGUGAUCACCAAGCCCCUGCGCUCCAUCCAGUGGACCUCCAAGAAGCGCACCGUGCAGAUCAUUGCUGCUGUGUGGCUGUACUCGCUGGGGUGGAGCGUGGCCCCACUCCUUGGGUGGAGUUCCUACGUGCCUGAGGGCUUGAUGAUAUCCUGUACAUGGGACUAUGUAACCUACUCCCCUGCAAACAGAAGUUACACCAUGAUUUUAUGCUGCUGCGUAUUUUUUAUUCCACUGAUAAUAAUAUUCCAUUGCUAUUUAUUUAUGUUCUUGGCCAUAAGAAGUACUGGCAGAGAUGUCCAAAAGCUUGGGUCCUGCAGCCGCAAAUCCUUCCUCUCUCAGUCCAUGAAGAAUGAAUGGAAACUGGCAAAAAUUGCAUUUGUGGUCAUCAUUGUGUAUGUCUUAUCCUGGUCUCCAUAUGCUUGCGUCACUUUGAUUGCCUGGGCAGGCCGAGGAAACACUCUGACGCCGUAUUCCAAAUCUGUGCCAGCCGUAAUUGCUAAAGCCUCUGCAAUCUACAACCCCAUCAUAUACGCAAUAAUUCACCCGAGAUACAGGAAAACCAUCCACAAUGCUGUUCCCUGCCUGAGGUUCCUAAUACGAGUAUCAAAGAAUGAUCUCCUGAGGGGGUCCAUAAAUGAAUCAUCAUUCAGGACCUCUCUCUCCAGCCACCAGUCUCUUGCCGGAAGGACCAAGACCGCUUGUGUUUCAUCAGUUUCCACUGGAGAAGCUAAUUGGAGCGACGUAGAGCUUGACCCGGUAGAGCCAGCUCACGCGAAACUGCAGCCUCGCCGAAGUCAUUCCUUCUCAGAAAGCCUGAGACAGGAGAAGACAGACCUGCUCCCAGAGACCUAUAGCUGCAGUGAAGAAACCGAAGGAAAGGUUUCGCUGUCAUCCAGCUGCCUGGAGAAGGUUCUGGGGCCGUCAGCCUUCCUCAGCUCCCCCGUAGCACUCGUGACCAGCUCCCUCCGAGCAGCCUCUCUGUCUGUCGGUUUGAACAGCGGCAGCAUCAGCCUAGAAGCAGGCUCAGACACCUCGCAGAUGGAAACUCAAGAAAGUCAUAAUAAUGGAGGCUUGGACUCUACUGUUAGUAAUACAGUCCCUCAAAUCAUUAUCAUUCCUACCUCAGAGACAAACCUAUUUCAAGAGGAACCUGAAGAGGAAGAGACUGAAUUAUUCCACUUCCAUGACAAAAAGAACAAUCUGCUGGAUUUGGAAGGGCUUAGCUCAUCUACAGAGUUCCUUGAAGCUGUUGAGAAAUUUCUAUCAUAAGUGCAUCGAAGGGAAACUUUCUGGCAGUUAUUUUCUUGGCAUCUUGUCUCCUUAGUUAUACCAAAUAACCGAACCCUUGUACAUUAGGUCAUCAGGCUUUUUGUAUGUUUAUAUGGUAGCCACUAGGCAGCUUUCGUAUUUGUCUUUGUCUAGAUUAGUUCAGGCACAGAAAAAAAGCUUUCUUUCAGAUCCAGCACUGGAGGAUCUGGCAGCAGGAUCAAGUGGGAUUAGCGGAGUCGGCUGCCUGCUUCAUGAGGCCCUGAACCUUGAUCUGCAACCACGGAUACCAGCAGGAGGAAAAACAACUGAACUGAAAUAGCGGUAGCCGCUGAAUUUUUGCGCUACCUGCAUGUGGCAGCUCUCUUCUGGAGGCGACGGUAAGCACUACGAGACCUCAGCUUUCCACCAGCCCCAGAGGUAAUAUGACUAGAAGAUCAAACUAUCUUUUAUUCAAAUUUCUUAUAUAAACAUAAUUACGUGGACUGAUCACGUAGCUGGGAGGAGAUCGCUCGCUCAUAAACUUCAGUGAUAAAAUUUUGGAUUUUCCCUCAGCGGUAGCGUAAUCACCUGAAUGUCAAAACACAAGGUGCUAGAUGCCAAAACAUAUAAUUUCACCUCUGGCAGCACUUAGAGCACGUUGAGAUUUUCAUUGCAGAUUAAAAUGUGUAUGAACCCUAACAAAUUUGUGUUUAAAAGGAUGAAUACCCACAGCUGGCUUUAUAAUUUAUUCACGAGAAUAAAGCCUUAGCCGCUAUGUGUCACUUGUUUCUUCAGCAGAGAUUCUUCUAAAACCUCACAGAUGGAUGUCUUCUGCAGGUCCCAUUCCGAAAGCCUUCCCGUGGGUAAGAUGUCACCCUGGAAGAUAGCUUCAGAAAACUGUAUCGUUUGUUACAGGACCUGCAGUUGCACUUUUAAUGGUGGUUAUUGUUUGUUUUGUGUUUUAUGUGAUUUUUAUGUUACAGCUCAGACUACAAGAUCCUGCUCACAUUUUAGACCUAAAUGCAUUCUUUCUGUAGUUAUCCAUUUUCCCUUAUUAAAAGAUGUUCUCCUCUCCCUCCCUUUUGGUUUCUGAACUUCAAAUGUAGACAAAUUGAGCUACACUGUUCUUUACAAAGCAGGAUAUCUUGGGAGAAGGCAGAAGUUCCUCGGGCAGAGGUUUUCCUCCAGAACCAAGCAUCAGGACAGAACCACCCGCAAUCAGCUCACUGUUCUGAAGAAAAUUCCUACACUGAGGACCAGCUCAGCUAGCAGGUGGCACGGCACAGUGACCGGCGUGGGAUUUGCCCACCUGCAGUUUCUGAAGCCGGCCUGCUAUCCAAGCGUGCGGUUUGAGCCAGAGGGUAACAGAAUGUUCAUUAAAGACUCCGUUCCUGAAAAACAGGGGAGGCUUCAUCCUCGGUCGAACGUAGGGUUCUGCCAUCUCUGAUUAUUUUCUGCUGCUUCUGUCCUCUCUGGUUCAUUAUCAUCUGUUUUUCCUAUGUAACUACAUAGCCAGUGACCUAACUUAUUGUAUUUAAUAUCUUCAGCGGUGACUCCCUUCUUAGUGAGCCAGAUGCUAGAAAGCAAACAUACUUGCUGGCCUUCCAAGUCUUACACCUGACUUUUGCUGUUGUCAUUAACUCCAAACAACAGUAACCAAGGCAUUCAGUGUUCCAAGAUACAAAAACAGGCCUCUGAGAAGAUUUUGCACUCUAGCAUUCAUAUAAUUGUACUGGUAAGACUGUAAGGGGAACACUGCUGUGAUUUCCAGUGGGAUGAAUAAUGUAAGCUCUAAAGCGACAGUGAACAAACUCCUCUGUAACCAGGGUUUCGCUUGGAGUGCAAGAUGACAUGCCAGCAAUCUCUUGCACGUGUGCUGAUGCCAACUGUGUGUUUCAGAAAAUGAACGGGUUUGAGAUGUGUGCAUUUCAUUUCUGUACCUCCAAUGUCAUGUACAAUUUUUACUAUGGCUUCUGCAGCUAAAGUCAAUAUUACUGUGUUCUUUAACUGCUGUAGACAAGAAUGUCACAUGAGACAGCAGUAGAGUGAUAAAACUGAAAAUUGUAUGCAAUAUCAGACAUAUUUGUUUCAGAGACGUCGCAGAGUAAAUCAAUCUUCAAAUAGCAAAAGCAACACCAAAGAAUCUCGCGUGCUUCUCUGUUGCCACGUUAGACUAGAUGGCACAUAAUAAUGUUCGGUAUUAACUGCUGCUUCUCGUUUCACAAAGGCGUGUGUUGGUUCACUGAAAUGGAAUAAAAAAUUAU